GUCCGACCUGAAUGAAAUUCAAAUGCAUGCUCCAGCCCAGUUUAAAGGAGGGGGAAAUCUUUUCUUCCUCGCUGGGGCUAAGAGCGGUUUGGGGAAGAUACGUUGUGUGGGGCCGGGGCGGGGGGCGGAGGGGGUUGGUGAGCAGAGAGAUUUUUCUAGCCGGGGCCAGGGGAGCGAGGCCUCAGAGGUCGGGUGGGUCUGGCCAUUGUGCAACCCCUUCCAGUUCCUCUGAGCAGAUAAUAGCUGAAUCCAGAUGGUGACAGCCCAUGUGUGUCACCGUUUCCAGUUGAGUCUAGGAUAUGAGUAACCGGACCAAACAAAAGGCCCUUAAAGAGACCAGCUAGUUUCUGAGAGGAGAUACUACCCAUUUCCCCGGUGAAGGUGGGGGUGGGAGCUGCCCCCCCCUCCGUGGGAGGGGGGGAGAUAAACAAACAAAUGUAAAAACCAUGGAGAACAUCCCAUAUCCCUCCUGUGACAAUUUUAACUCCAGGCUGCUUAUACCUGAGUCAGACUGUAGGCAGAUUGUUUAAGGCUGUGUUGUCACAGUCUUUCUGCGAGUCAUCUGUUCCUUCUGACUAAUGACAGAUCUGCAUGUUCCCCAGCCCCCUGCUUCCACUUGGAGGCUGCAGAGUCACCACAUUCUGUGUGCUCUGUGCUGAGAGCUUUGGGUCUGCAGGAGGUCAUGCAUUUUCAGCUCCUGGAGAUCCCGGGGUUGGGGGAGUUGCUGAUGGAAGGUUGGGACACCUUCAUCAGCUACUUCCAGCAGCCUCGCCUGCAAACAAGGAAGGGCCACAGAGGGUGGGGGCUUUAGGGCUUAGCUCUCCCCGGUGGGUGGGGGAGGAUGAUGGCCUCAUGAAAGGAGGUAACAUAGAUAGAAAACAGUUAUUUUAAACCAUCCGUAUAGUAACCCAGUUGCUAGCCCAGAGCCCUCAAUGUUGCUGGUCUGGGGGGGGGCGUGGUUAGAGGCAGCUGGAGCUGCAUAAGGUGGGGCGGCAGAGAUAAGGGGCUGUCAAUGAAGGGAGCCUUACUGUCAACGGAAGGCCAACGAUUGAGAGUUGCAGUCUGGGAUUCAGGAGGCAGCCUCUGCUUCCCUAGCCUCCUAAAUGGGGGGGGGGUCACCUUCUCUCUGCAGGUGUUCCCCAUUAAACACUACCAGGAUAAAAUCCGGCCUUACAUCCAGCUGCCCUCACAUAGGAACAUCACCGGCAUCGUGGAAGUGAUCCUUGGGGAAACCAAGGCCUAUGUCUUCUUUGAGAAGGACUUUGGGGACAUGCACUCCUACGUGCGCAGCCGGAAGAGGCUGCGGGAAGAGGAGGCCGCCCGGCUCUUCAAGCAGAUUGUUUCCGCCGUUGCCCACUGCCACCAGUCAGCCAUCGUGCUCGGGGACCUGAAGCUUAGGAAGUUCGUCUUCUCCACGGAGGAGAGAAGCCAGCUCAGACUGGAAAGUCUAGAAGACACACACAUAAUCAAGGGGGAAGACGAUGCUCUGUCAGACAAACAUGGCUGCCCAGCCUACGUGAGCCCCGAGAUUCUGAACACCACGGGGACCUACUCCGGAAAGGCGGCCGACGUUUGGAGCCUAGGGGUGAUGCUCUACACCCUUUUGGUGGGCCGCUACCCCUUCCAUGACUCAGAUCCCAGUGCUCUCUUCUCCAAAAUCCGCCGUGGACAGUUCUGCAUUCCUGACCACAUUUCCCCCAAAGCUAGGUGCCUCAUUCGCAGCCUCCUGCGACGGGAGCCCUCCGAGAGACUCACUGCUCCUGAGAUCUUACUCCAUCCCUGGUUCGAGUCUGUCUUGCAACCUGGCUACGUCGACUCAGAAAUAGGAACUUCAGACCAGAUUGUUCCAGAGUACCAAGAGGACAGUGACAUUAGUUCCUUCUUCUGCUAAUCCCCAAACCUCAGAAACCUCAUAAUUCUCACACAUGGCAUUUCCAUUUCUAAAGAUGGACCGGCCUUGCGGCGUGCUGCCAACCAGAUAUGUGAUGGCGUAAAGAUUGUAGCUGCUGAAUGCAACCUGGCGCUAGCCCUCUCUAUUUGUUGCGACGAGCGGCCUUAUGGAUCUGAGCUGUGCACGCUCUAAUCGGCUGCCCUGCAAAGCUGUUUCCCUUCUCCACGAUCCCUCCCGCCGCCAACUGUCCUGCUGUCAGAUGCGGGGCCGUUCCGAGUCUGCAGAGGUGGCAAAGAGUAUGGAUGUCCUACAGCAACGUGGUCGAGUGAAAGGAAGGUGAACAUUUUAAACGGAGAGGAAGUGAGUGGUACAGUGGCAUUUUGGGGCAGUAACCAUAUCUUAACAGGGUGACAAAUCAUUUUGGGCCAAUAAACCUGCCAUCGUUGAACUUGUCUUUGGGAGCUAGACUGUCACUCCCCCAGCUUCUCUGUUGGGAAGUUCUUUUUGGGGUUUGGUUUAACACACACCCUUUCUUCACCCUCACAUUUACCAAUGACCCUGCUCCGUUGUGGGAGCAGACUGUUUGAGGAGCAUGGGAGCCUGCCCGCACGACGAACCCAGACUCUCGCCUCCGUUUCCUGCCAAGACCUCAUUUGCACUAAUGCCUUCUUUCUGACCUUGAAACGUCCCCUUCUUCGCUAGAAAAGCACUUACCAGCUAACCGUGGAGAAGCAUCACAACAGAUUUGAACUCCUGGCUAUUUCAGAACUCUGAGCUCAGACAGAGAGACUGCAGAUUGGUAAAGUCAACUUGAGCCCUUGGAAACCGUGAGCUUUUGUUGGUUCCCCUCAAACGUGUUGGCAUUUAGCCUUUGUUCCCAAGACCAUCUCAGGGUGGAGCAUUUUGUCUAGGAGGAGAAAGAUAAGGGGAGGCUCUCCUCGCCUCUCCCGAGAGCAAACGUUAAACAUCUUUGUGCUUUAGAGAAACUGAAUUUUGGAGAGCCGUAGACGAUUCUCAGACCCACUUCCAGGAUUGUACUUUAACCCUUCAUGGAUAUGGUCUGCCUCCGGCAUUGUGCGUGUGUUUGCAGUUUUGCAUGAUGGGUUGUUCGUAUUUUAAAUUUGGUGUGGUUUACAAAUAUGUCUCUAUAAUCAGCAUCUAGAGUGAAAUGGCCCCAAAUCUUUAACGUCAGAAGAGCCUUUUUAAAAGUAUCUCAUCCAACUUCUUUCCUCUUUCUGCCACCUCCCAAAGCAGAAAUCCCGCCCCACCCCCGACCGCCCUCCCUUCAUCUUCCUUCAGGUGGGAAUCCAGCCUCUGUUUGAACGCUUCCAGAGAUGGGAGCUCACUACCUACAAAAGCUAGAGCUUAACUGCAACUUGCAUUAAAAAAAACCAGAACACACAAAAUAUCAAUAAAUGUCUCAGUACUGAAAUCAGGUGGUUAAACGGGUAAACCAAACAUACUGUAUUUUGAAAAAAAAUGGCACAAAAUCAGGCAGUCAUUUUUAAGGGCUACGCCUAGGCAAACACCUAACGUGCAUUGUGAGAAUGCUGUGUAUACCUCACGUACUGUGUACUUUGUGUAUAUAUAUAUAUAUAUAUAUUUUACCUUUUAUACCUAUUGUCCAAUAUGUUUUAUUGUUUUGGCUCUGAGGCUUGUUUUGUCUGUGUCUGUCUGAAUAACCUGCGUGUCUAAAACCACGUGAAAUGUGAAUGAUUAUCGGCAAUAUUACCUUGACAGAAUCAUGGGACUCGGAGAAGAGGGAGGACAGAGGCCUCUGUCGUACUAACGUGCUCGUGGUUGCUGACUGUUGUAUCUGUGAUACAUUAUCCGGCUGAGGACUCUGGGCUGGCUGGGGCUUCUGCCGGGAAAGCUCGAAACACUAGAUCCUUCCUGUACGUGUGUAUAUAUGUGAACAGUGAGGCGACCGUUUCUGACUUGUAGAGAAAUUUUAAUAAAUCUGGUUUCGUAAAUAGG